GAGGGAGGGGGUGGGUUAUUUCUGAGCACAGGGCCGCGGAUUAAAGCCCAGAGAGUCGCUGCGCGAUGACAGCAUCCAGGAUACAGCCAGCACCACCACCACCAUCCUCUGCUCCGGCCGGACGCCGCUGAUUUCUCCCAUCCCAUCACCGAACCCCCCCCCCUCCCUGUUUGGGAUUCUCCGGAUCACCGAUCUUUUUUGGGGAGGAGGGGGGGAUUAAACCCCCCUCCAGACUCCCCGGUCCGUCCGUCUGUGUCGUCUUCAGACCACGAGGUGGCGGCUCCAGAUUAAGAUUAGGCCCCAAUGAUUGCAAAGACCCGUCUCCACCGUUUUUCAGCCAACCCUGGAGCGGUCACAGAGCUGAUGUCUGACAGGACAAGGGGACAUGCUUGUUUUGGAGCCCUGAAGAGGAAAGCCACAUCUCAAUAAAUGGAGGAGAAUGAGCGAUGUAGGAGCAGGUCUCCGGCUCGGAGGACCAGUCGGGUGCAGCAGGUGGUGGGAACCAUAAUACGGCGUACUCGGGAGUCCCUGAGCAGGGAACGUCUGCUGGGCGAUGGAAGGUCACAGCGCUCUAACAGUCUGUCCAGUCAGAGCUUCCAGGCCAAACUGACGCUGCAGAUCACCAGAGACCCUGUCCUGGACCGCAGCACCGGACAUGGCUUCACUCUCACCACAGACGCCCCCCUGCUGGUCAGGGAUGUUGCUCCAGGAAGCCCUGCAGAUGGGAUCCUGUACCCAGGGGACCAGGUGCUGCAGAUAAAUGAAAAAGUGAUGGAGGAUUUGAGUGCAGAGCAGGUGGAAAACAUCUUGAGGGACCUGGAGGAUUGCAUCAAUGUGACUAUUCUGCGGCACAUGACAAAUCCCAAGUCAUCCAUUAUGUCAGCUGAGAAGAGAGCUCGUCUGAGGAGUAAUCCAGUUAAAGUGCGCUUUGCAGAGGAGGUGGUAGUCAAUGGACACACUCAGGGAAACUCUCUUCUCUUCCUUCCCAAUGUUUUAAAAGUCUAUCUAGAGAAUGGACAGACCAAGGCCUUUAAGUUUGACAAUACAACCACUGUCAAGGACAUUGUUCUGACACUAAAGGAAAAACUCUCCAUGCGAGUGAUUGAGCACUUUGGUCUGGUACUAGAGCAGCAGUAUAGCAUCGCCAAACUAUUGCUACUGCAUGAAGAUGAGCUCAUUCAAAAGGUGGUGCAGAAAAAAGACUCGCAUGAUUACAGAUGCCUGUUCAGGGUUUGUUUCAUUCCCAGAGACCCCUCGGACAUGCUACAAGAAGACCCCUUGGCCUUUGAGUAUCUCUUUUUGCAGAGCGUUGGAGAUGUGCUACAGGAACGUUUCGCCGUGGAGAUGAAGUGCAACACGGCGCUACGCCUCGCUGCACUGCACAUGCAUGAGAGACUUGAUAGCUGUGGACAAACCCGGGCCUCUAUCAAGAGCAUUACGAAGGAGUUUGGUCUGGACAGCUUUAUCUCACCCACACUGCUGAGCAACAUGAGGGAGAAGGACCUAAGGAAAGCAAUCAGCUACCACCUCAAAAAGAUCCAGUCCCUGCUUGAGCCGCGGCAGAAGGUCAUAUCUGCUACUCAGGCUCGAUUGGCCUACCUUACUCAGCUUGGAGAACUUAUUUCCUAUGGUGGACGCUCUUACACAGCUACAAUGAUGCUUCAGGACAGGGAAGUGCUGGUCAGCCUGCUGGUAGGAGCCAAAUAUGGAUUGAGUCAAGUCAUUAACCACAAGCUCAACAUGAUAUCCACCUUGGUUGAGUUCAGCAGCAUCAGCCGAGUGGAGCUGCUAUCCGAGUCAGAAAAAGUCAGCCUGCUGCGCAUUUCACUGCAUGAUAUGAAGCCAUUUGCCUUACUGAUGGAUUCUGUGGCAGCCAAAGACUUAGGGUGUUUGCUGGGAGGCUACUGCAAACUCCUGGUGGAUCCAAGUGUUAAUGUCUUCCGUCUGGGGCGCCCGAAAGUCAGGGUGCACCGGAUUCCUGCUGAAGAAGGUGUGUGUGGGAGGUUCGCCGUAAUAGAGGGCGUGUGCUAUGAAUCCCUAUCAAGUUAUGUGUCUCGCUGCUGCAGUGAUUCAGAUGACUCAACAGAUGACGAUGACCCUAUGGAUUCCCAGAGUUACAAAGGCUCAGAUCACACAAGCACAGACUGGGAAGAAAGGAGAAGAGAGGAGGAGGAAAAGAGGAAAGAUGAAGAAAGAAAAGAGAGGGAAGAACACGAAGGCAAACAGGAAGUAAAAAUAAUAGUUACAACAGAAGGCAAGGAAAAUGAAAGCGAAGAGGAAGAAGGUGCAACAGGAAGUGGUCUUCGUAAAUUUAAUGUUGUUGAUGAAGAAAUGAACCUAGAGACCAGCUGGUACCACACUGACCUAAGAGUCACUAGUAGCUUCUCAAGCUUGUCCAGCAGCUCCUUGAGCACUGCCCUGGAGGAAAGCAGUGCUGCAGCCAAAGCCCCUUCUCGCUUAGACGCUCUUCGCGGGUCAAGCCCAUGCGAAGAUCCUUCAAACUUGAGCGUCCACCACCCCUACCUACUUGAUCCAAAGCGUCAAGUGCCCCUUCGACCCACAAAUCUGAACUACCGUGGCAAUGAUAACUCUUUCCUCUGCUUUGCUGAACUCUCCAAGGAUGAUUUCUUGCCAAGUCCAGCAGGCGCUACAAGUGAAGAUGAUGAUGAGGAGGAGGAGGAGGAGGAAGAGGGAGACCUGGGCAUCCAUCAACUCAGACGCAUUUCUAAGAUUCCUAGUUCAAGGGAUCUGAGAAUGAUUGACAGCACACCUUUUGAAAGAUUGCCCAUUAAAAGAAAGAAAAAGAUUCCCCCCAAAGUUCCAUUAAGAACGAGUUCUAUUCCUGGUAAUAAAUCUGCACAAGCCGAGCAUCGCUUGUCUAAAGAUGAGGACGGCCUUUUUCUUACUCCCUCACCCAACCCAAAACCAGCUCUUUUGUUAAAGGACAAUGUCUCAGAAUCAGAAGAUGAGUUUUUUGACGCACAGGAGAGAUUUACUCCACCAGUUCCAGAUCUGUCAGAUGCUGAGCUGGCUGAUCGGAAAAAUGCUAAUCGCUUGAGUGGAACCUGGAAUAGUCUUCAAUCUGUCUCAAGAAAAGAACCACCAUCCCCCCUUGCUAAUAAACCUCGAUCCCCUAAAAUAAAAAAGGAAUCUGAGUUGCUAAAAGACUCUACAAAUCAACUUUUUCAACAACCAUCCAGUCCCUCAAAGCCGUCUCAGAAAUCUGAAGCUAAAGUGAAACCACCACUGGCACCUAAACCCCAACUACCUCCCAAACCUCAGAUGAUCCCUCCCAAGUCACCCCAACAUGGACGAUCAUAUGCCCAGUGCAACGGGGAUGCUCCUGGACGUUUGUCUUCUGAACUUUUGGAAAUGGAGCCAGAUACAAUGGAGUUCAAGUCUGUCACAUUGGGUGGAUUGCCUGUCUCCUCGUCAAUUAUUACAGCAGUGAGAUGUUACAAACAGCCUGUAACCAACACAACACCACAAAAUGAGGAAAACACUAUUAAAAAGGAAAUCUUACAGAAAAACAAAAAUCUUGUGUGUGAGAAUGGGUUACAGGGUAUUCCUAAUGACAAUAAAAUUAUUGAAGAUAAAAAAGAAACAGAAAAGGUUGAUGAGAACGUCAAUGGACCUAACAUUUUAACGAAAGGUCCACCCAGCUCCCAUUCUGUCCCACGCUCUAAUUCAGGGACAAAGCUUGCUGUUCCCCCUCCAGUUCCCCCCAAACCUACAUGUUCUAGCAGUUUUCAUCCUUUAUCGCUACCUGCUAGCUCCCCUGUCUCUCCUACUGAUCCAAAUAAAGGGAUUUUUAAGGAUACAGUCAGUACACCAAAUGGAAUCCACCCUUGGAGUAGUCGCAAUGGCAGCAUCCAGUCAGGGCCUAGGAGGGUUUCUCUGAGCCAUGAGAGCCUAUCACCUAAAAAUGCAGAUGCACCACUCACAAUUACCACCUCACCCUCCUCUGUGGAUUGUAAAGGUGUUGGGGGCCUUGAAAGCAAAGAGCCUGGUCGAUCUGGUUCAGGAUCCGAUCUGAGAACUAGCUCUUCUAGUUUGGGAGGAAGACUACCAGCUUCUGCUCUGAGAGGAAGGAUCCAGUCUUUGCCCUGGUACAUGACUCGUUCCCAAGAGAUUCUUGGAAAUUUGGACUAUCCCUCAACAAGUUCUAUCAAUGGAGACACCUCUGGUUUUGGCUCUGGUUUGUCUGUUGCAAGUGGCCUAUCAGACUUAAAUAAAACCCCUGUCAAGGACACGGAUACAGUUGCAUCAAAAUCAGGAAGUAAAGGAAGCAUCUUAGAUGAUGGAGCAGAGGUUGUCAUCGCAACCAUCAGACAGGCUCCAGAGGUAAGUUCACAUAUGAAAAAGGCAAGUGGAACAAAUGGCUCACACCCAAAUCUGAGUUUCAGAGAUAUAAGUCCACAUAGUGGCUGUGUUUCUUCAGAGCAGCCACAGUCACGAACUCACUCAGCUGUGGGGCUGGGUGGUGUAACAAGCAUGCAGAUUGGAGGCGACUCCCCAACCUCCUCUGGAGCAGACACUACUCCUCCACAGCAACAUCGGGAGUCUUGUGGUUGUCACACCGUUUAUGCCAACUGUUUUAGUGGAGACACUGAGGAAGGGGUGAGCUUUGAUGAGGAACUUACUGUUUAUGAAUUCUCUCGCCGUAUACGCCCCAAACCUGCUCAAGCAUCUUCUCCAACCACACCUGCUCCAAAACCCAACAUUCUCUCACUUUUGAAGGACAACCCUCGACCACUGUCUACCUUCUCCACUGCAUCCUCUGAACUGAGUCCACUCGUUUCGUGUCCAGUUUCCCCUACAGUUUCACUCAGUGGUCGUCUGCGUUCCCUUUCUAACAAGAACUAUGGGGGGCUAAGGGGUGGUUUUGCCUCUCUGCGUGAAGACAUAGAUCAACUUCUUCUAGUAUUAGACAGGGACGGGCUUGACCAGCCUCAGCAACACUCAAAAUUGGAGACCACAGACCUAAAUCACAAUGGAACACAAGACAAUAUGGCUUCAGGUAAAAGUUGCACAGGGGUAAGUCCUGUCAUCAUGACAGAGCCUGAAAAAAGUCUUCUCCAGGCAGAGGCUCGUCGACUAGCAUCUGGAUGCCAGCGAGCGACGCGUGUUGGUUGGGCUCCGGAUGAGGCUCUGCGUUCUUUAACUACUAGUUUUAGCGCCCUGGUUCAGCUGUCAGCUGCCUGCCUGAAAACAAACCCCUGUCCUGGUUGUGAGGUCUGCAAUAAAGCAAGACUAGUUGACAAAGAUGAGGACGAUGAUGGCCAGCAGCCUAUGGAGAAGUUGAAGGAGAUAGUUGGUCUGUAUAGAGAGUUUGUCGGGGCGGUUGAAACAGCUGGGACUGGCGGUGUUAAUGGUGGUAGAAAUGUGGGGUCUGGACAGAGUCAAGGGGAGGAAGAUGGCGUAAGGCUGCUAGCCAAACGCUGCACUCUGCUCAUCUCAUCCGUAUUCGCGCUCACACAACUUUUCCGGUCACGCACACUGGAAACCACGGACACACCUGGCCGUGUACCUCUCAAUUUUUGACCCAAACAUUAAGACUCAUAAAACAAUGGACUCCAGAACUGAGACGAGGAAACUGCACAGAACAAAUUGGUUUGUUACUCUAGUAUUUUUGUACAAGUGCCAUGCACACAACACAAUACACAUACUGACACCUCACAUAAUCCUAGAGGAGAGAUGUCUGCCUCUCUUUGUAACACAUGUGGACUAUGCAUUUGUAGAUAUGAAUUUUAUAAUUACUUUAUUCUCUUAUUUUAUGAUACAACACCUGUAUGUAUGUGCUAAAUAUCCAUGUACGUAUUUAUGUAUUUAUUUUUACAAUGGUUGCACCACUAUUUGUCAUGUGCAGAUCUCUGGUGAGUAAAACCUAAACAAAUGGAUGUCACUGGAUUUUUUAAUUUUAUUUUCUCCGUCUCUGAGACAGUAUUAUGUUAUCCUUUGCUGCUUCUAAAAACAAUCUUCGCUCUACAAGGUGUAAUCUGUAAAUUGUCUAUCUAAGUUUAUUGACUAGUACAUUUACUUACAACACAGAGAAUAUACUUUGUUACAGUUUUGAACUAUAGUAAUUAACCGUUAUUUUUUUUGUAUGUGUAAGGUUUACACCUUUUUUAAGGGUUUGAUUUAUAAACCUUCCAGUUUCAAAUAAAUGUGGUACCAAACUCUACCAUUAUACAGCAGGGAGAGCACUUUUGACUGUUACAGAUUGCACCUUUUUGUGAGACAUAACCUUUUAUGAAAUGUUUUUAUUUUGUCCUUUUCCCUGUCCAGAUUAUUCUGUGUAGUUUCUUGGUAUUAUUCCCUUUUCCCACCUGUAUGCAGUAUUAUAACAUUGUUAUUGUUUUCAUCCAAAUGUCUACAUUUAUAUGUUUUCUGGAUAUGUGGGGAUGGGGGCUUAGGCAGUGAAACAGUGGACCUUAUUUAUGUAGUUGGCACAAGGGUGACUGUUAAACUCUGUCCAGAUGUAGCAAAGAUCCAAAGUCUUAAAACCACUGAGCCAGAACUGUUCCUGCUUUGGAUUCCUCUUUGUAAAACACUUUAUCAAUUACAAACUGAAAGAUUUACUGACAGUGGUGAGAAAUGAAGAAAUACAUCUGUGUCCUACCUUAGUUUAUGCCUAUGCAAACAUAAACUCCUUAGCCCAUGCACACUAUUGUAUGCUGAUUUUAUCGUUUUCAAUGUGAGCAUUAAAACAAACAACAGACGCAUUAUAUUUCUGUGAAUAUAAUGUGCAUUUUCUUUGUUUAAAAUGUCAGAUUUUCAUCUUGCUUUGUGGAAACUGCCUGCAUUACGACUUGCAACAAUAUGCAAAGCUGCAUGAUAUUUGCAACCGUCAAUGUAAAGACUCCUGUCUGUAAUGAUCUCUGUGAAUCGCCGCUAAAAUUAUUACAUUGCUCUAUCAUUUGAUGUAGCGUUCGCUAAUCAGCUCGCCAUUUAUAAGACACGCUGCCAAGUCCUGGAUGAGCCAUCCACCAUGAAGGAUUUACUCAAGCCACUUUUGAAAACAGGAAGGUACUUAAGACUAAUCAGUCAGUAGCUGCUCCUGUAAAUAUGAUAAGGGGAUUAGAUAAAUAAAGGCUGUUUAACUGUGUAUAGGUGGCUGGUGAGGAGAGGUAUUUCUUUUUUCCAAAAUGACAAGGGAAAACUUUGUGAAGGGUAUGAAGGUAAAUCUACUAUUUGAGACUUUCAGCUACAUUGUCUUCAGGUAGCUUUACCCAUGACUGCACUAACAAACCAUUCUGUGAUGUUCCAAGUGUUUUUGCCUUCUUUUGUUCAUCAGACAGGCUCACAGAACAAUGAGAGUCUGUUACACUCUUCUGUCUUCAUGCACAAAAGUUCCUAUAAAACAUGUUUCUACCCAGGAGAUCCCAUUUCCAUAUUUGCAUCCAACAUAGCCAAUGUAACAAAACGUGUACUCUUUGGGAAUAAAUGACACACUGACCUUAA